UAAAUUCAAAUCCAUCACUCUGCUUCUUCCUCAGCACUCAGCAGCUGCGGCUUCUCUCAUUUUCAGUAGCGUCUUAGCAGUUAGCAGUUGCACCCAACAGCGUAACCUCAGUUUAGUUGCCCAGAAACAAACUUCCAAGUCCUCCUUCCAAAAUCACUCCAGUCUGCAGUCUGGCAACUUCUUCAUCGACCCUUUUCAGUUUGACAAAACAUUUCCAAAUUUUUUCUGCACCACUUCUGCUCCGUCUCCUGCUUAUGCUGCAAACUGAAAACUUCGACAGCAGCAAACUCGCGGACCGAGUGUCGCUAAUAUAGCACUUGGACGAGAUAAGCCAUUUAAAGAAAUCGAAGGCAUUGUUCUUGAAACAGCAGUUAGUUGGGAACUAUAUCAAGAUGGAGUACGGAUCAAGCUGGGAUUACUACACGCUGGUUAAUGAGCUAACUCAAGGGAUGGAGCAAGCUAAGCAGCUCAGAGUUCACUUGAGCUCAGGAUAUAUGGAGCCUCAAGAUUUGCUCUUGCAAAGGAUCCUAUCUUCUUAUGAGAAAGCUCUCUCGAUCCUCAAGUGGAAUGGUGGCGGCUCGGUAGGACAAUCACAGCCUACGCCACUGGCAUCUGGCGCCCCGGAGUCUUCAAUCUCGGUGGAGGGCAGCCCUCAGAAUGAGGAAGCGAAGAACAACUUCAACGAUUAUCAGGACCUCAGAGAUGUAUCUAAGAAGAGAAAGACACAGCCCACAUGGACAGAACAAGUGAGGGUUAGCCCUGAGAACGGACUUGAAGGACCUGCUGAUGAUGGCUAUAGUUGGAGAAAGUACGGGCAGAAGGACAUUUUGGGAGCCAAAUAUCCCAGAAGCUACUAUAGAUGCACAUACCGCCACAUGCGGAAUUGCUGGGCAACAAAGCAAGUUCAGAGGUCUGAUGAUGAUCCUACUCUAUUUGAGAUCACUUACAAAGGGACGCACGUAUGCAACACGGCCACCAGCAUUUCUGUUCCACAACACCCAUCACCAGCAAAGCAAGAAUUUAAACAUAGUUACAAUCACAAUAACCACCAACAACCUCAACAGCCAAACCAGAUCGUAAUGAAUUUUCGAGCAAAUUUAAGGGUUAAUACUGGGGAUUCAGAGGCUAAGGAGAUUGUAUCCCCCUUCUCUUUCCCUUCAGCAACACAUAUGGAUGAUGAAAGUCAGCUCUUUCCAAUGUCAGCACUUGUUGAUGAAAACAUCUUGGGGACUUAUUCUCCAUCCUUUGUCUCUCCAGCAACAUCUGGAUCGAACUACUUCUCGAUGUCACCCUGCCACAUGGCAAACCUUGGAAGGAUUAAAAAUUUGCACGGUUCAGAAUCUGAUCUCACGGAGAUCAUCUCAGCCACUGCAUCAGCUACCAAUUCACCAAUCGCAGGGUUGGAUUUUUCAAUUGAUUCUGUUGAGCUAGACCCAAAUUUCCCAUUCAAUGCGCCUGGAUUUUUCACAUGAUCCCAGGCUUGAAUGUAAAAGGAAGAGGCGAAUAGGCAAACAAACUGGCCAUGCUUCUAAAAUGGAUAAUUUGAGCAACUAAUCUUUCCCAUUUUCACAAGUAGAAUGAGAAUGUGCCUGUACAAAUUUGUACGUCAGCUAAAUAAUGCUAGCCAAGGUAGUAUCCAGAAUUGUUUAGUUAUUUAGCCAAGAGAGUAUCUAAAAUUGUUUAUGAACCUAAUAAUAUAGAGGCCAAUCUCUGAGUACAGGGGCCAUAGCUAUAACA